AUGCAGGAAAGCAUUUGUCAUUUGAUGAACCUGUAGUACUCGUUGAAUCCGGAAGAUGGCAGCAGAGAAAGGACUGCAGCUGCACCGAACAGCAGAAGAAGAACUCACCGGAAGAGGAGGACGCUGCUGAUUGUUGUGAUGUACUCGAAGAAGUUAGYCCGCCUCAUGUUUGGGUUGUACAACCUGAAACCGACCUCUGUCUGUGCUGUGCUCCGGGGUGCGGCUGUUCGGAGCGGCUUCAGCUGGAGUGCGGUGUGUCAGCAGCGGAGCGCCGUGCUCCACCGGACCGGUGCAAGCAUGUGCAGCACUUGGUCGGCCUCUGACACCACCGUGGACCCCGGUGAGGUGAGGCGGUUCCAGUUGCUGGCCAACAAGUGGUGGGACGAACAGGGAGGGUUUGCAGCGCUGCACGCCAUGAAUGACCUCAGGGUGCCUUUCGUACGGGACAACCUGUUGACUGUGCACAGAGCACAUCAUYCUGGGAAACCACUUGCAGAACUGAGAAUUCUGGAUGUGGGCUGUGGUGGAGGCCUGCUCACAGAGCCACUGGGUCGCCUGGGAGCCAGUGUGCURGGAAUAGAUCCAGUAGAAGAAAGCAUCAGCGUCGCUCAGCUGCAUUCGUCUCCUGACCCAGACCUUCGUGACAGAGUGUCCUACCGGGCCUGCACACUGGAGCAGCUCUCGGAUGAAGGAGAAGAGGAGCAGAGCGACACCCAGUUCGACGCUGUUGUGGCAUCGGAGGUUGUGGAACAUCUGGCUGACUUGGACACAUUCGCCAUCUGCUGCAACCACAUUCUGAAGCCUGGUGGCUCACUGUUCAUCACCACCUUGAAUAAAACCAACCUCUCCUACGUGUUGGGUAUCGUUGUAGCCGAGCAGCUGCUGCGCAUCGUUCCCAGCGGGACACAUGACUGGGAGAAAUUCAUCAGCCCCGUAGAUUUGGAGCGCAUCCUGGAAUCCAAUGGUUUCUCGGUUCAGUCUGUCCAAGGAAUGAUGUACAACCCCAUAUCUGGAGCCUGGUCCUGGACCAACAGCACCGCCAUCAACUAUGCCCUGCAUGCAGUCAAAAAGAGUGAUGGAGCUGAGGAGAGCUGCACCCACUCAGAGGCUGAGCCUGCUGCCACACACAGCUGAGUCUUUUCAYAAGAAAACACGCCAGUAAACAAAAACARUGAUUCAGAUGUGUGGCUGGAGYCCUGACGGCCUACUGCCAAGCUGUGAUGUUGGCACACAAGACUGAAUUUAUUCCACCUCAGUGUAGAAUAAAACGUGUACUCACUCACAGUGAGCCUGCUCUAAGCUUUGCAAGUUUUUAAUAAAUACAAAGUGUUGGACAAACAUUUGAUGGUGUCAUUGAUUAGCACAUCAGUUUUAAAUUGCUUCAGAAUCAUUCAAAUGUUUCUCAUUUUCAUUGUGUUGUGUUUUGCAUGAAUUAAAAUAAAUGACAAAACAGUU